AUGAAUAAUAGCACUUUUCCUAAUAGUAUUAGGAGAUAUAUUUUGGAAGGAGGCGGUGAAGACAAGGACAUGGAUAUUGAUGUUGAUGCUGAUAUUGAUCUAUUUGAGAUUACCAAAUUCAACUAUAGAACAUUAUUCGAUAAAGGUGCGAAUCAAAAUAUCACCCAUACCGAAAUGGUGUAUAAAUUUUUUGGAACUAAUAAGAAAUCUGAAAUGGAUAUGGUUACCUUAAAGCACAAGUUGUAUUUUGACGAUCAUCCAGAUGAGUGGAAAGAAUUAUUCAUCUUCUUUUGUGUUAUGCCGUUUACCGAAUAUGAAUUUCAGGGUGUUGAUGGAAAAUUGUUGAAUCCCGAUAGUCUUCAUGCUAUUGGUUCCAGUCAUGGUACAGACAAUGUCCUUAUUGAAACUUUUUCUGAACUUGAAUUUGAAUCAUUCAACAAAAUAAUUCCGGAAGGUAGAUUAGCAUUUAAUUUGGAAAAUAUCUUGAAAACUGACAUAUUCUCGAGUAAUUUUAAUAAAGAUGAAACUAAAAGAAUACUUACAAAAUUACUUGGAGUUGGCUUUAAAGAAGAUUAUAUGCUUGUUACAGAUAUUUCAUCCACUGAUGAGGAUACCUACAGAUUAAAUUUUAUGAAUUAUUUAUUCAACCCUAUAUGUGAAUACGUAGCAACACUAUUAAAGUUUGAGAUUAAUAUCCGUACAAAAAAUACUGCGGGUCGAACAGGAGUCAACACCAAAGUACCACAUCAAUCUAAUGAUAUAUUUCAUUCGCACCCAGAUGUCGUGGCGUACGAUAAAUGGAAACAUCGAAGAUCACUCGCUAUCGUGGAGGUCAAAAAGUUACCAAUCUUGAAAGGUGAGAAGGUGGUAGAUUUUACGGAAUCACGAAUGGUAAGUUUUAUUAUUCAAGUUGUUGCGGAAAUGUUUUCUGACCACACAAACAAAGGCAUGUUGACCGACUCAUAUACAACUAUCUUGAUCGAAAUAGAUAUAGAACGAAGCAUGGAUAUAGUCAAUCAAAAACUUACAGGCCCUGAAAACUGCAAAUUCAUAGCCUUGAAUUAUAGACUUCUAGAUUGUCAAUCAUCUGGGCUUACGUUGAGAGGAGGGCUAAUUUCAUUCAUCUAUGAGGCAUUUAGUGCUAACGAAUACCAAUUAAAUGACGUUAAAAGAGGACUAGAUGCAAUUUAUGACUAUGUUCGUAAGUCAGACGAGGAGUACUUGACAUAUUUAGACGGUCUAGGUGAGAAGGCUGAUAAAAUUUUUAAAAAUAAUUACAAUUCUUUUAUGAGAAAAUUACAUGUCAUUGAGCCAAAGAUUGCACUUGGAGAGUUCAAACGUAUUGAUGUACAAAGCGGGGUUACGUUUAAUUCUCAACUUUUCAAAGUCAACUCUAAAGACGUAAAAAUGUACCUCAAGGAAGACAUCGAUGAAACUGUUGAAUUGGUUGUUAAAGUAUUUGACCCUGCCAAGGCAAAGAGAGAUCAUAAUAAAUACGUAAUAAAAAAGCACGACAUGUUUGAUAAUUGUCGAAGAGCAUAUUUAUGUGAGAAGCGAGCAUAUGAACGGCUUUUACCUAAUUUUAAGUUUAACAGCGUUUAUAUUGCUCAAGAACCUGUAUACGGGAGAUUCUUUAUAGGAAAUCAUUAUCACGCAUUGGGACCAUUUAUCGUAUUGAAGUAUUUGGCUAAAGAGACUCUACCACGCGAUGAAGAAACCUAUGAGAAAGCUAAAGAACAAUUGAAUAUAAUCCAUCUUUAUAACAUAAUACAUGGAGAUAUAAGCCCAAGGAAUAUUUUAUAUUCUCAAGGGAAGGUGUAUUUUAUUGAUUUUGGAUACUCAGAAUACACAGAAGAUAAAUUAGGUUCCAACCCAGUGAGUGCUAAUCCCGAGAGGAUCAAGAGUGAACACCAACAGUUGUGUGGUAUAUUUGGUCAGCCUAAUCCAAAGGAAUAUGAAUAG